UCUCUUACAAAUAUAUAAGUGUAGCUUUGAAAUGAAAGGAAAGUAAGCGAUUUCGGAACUAGAAAUUACAUGUUGCCUAUCAUUUUGAGUUUACAACACCAGAAGGAUUUUGUAACUAAUCUAAUAUCCUAUUGACAUGUUUCAUUUGGCGUAAUUACAAGCCGAAAAAAUCACCAUUUUGUGUAAAAAAAGUUUGUUUGCAAUGCAAGCCGUUGCAACAUCAAUGCGAAGUUUGGCAAGGCCGUUUUUGAAGGUACUAAACUUUCCUAAUACAACAUUACCCGUUGAACAGCGGUCAUUUCAUACAGCUCAGGUGCAGCUCCGGUAUGUCGACUGGAAAAUGAAACGUGACGCCAAACGGAGGGAGCUUAUCAAGGAGUAUGGAGCAGAGAGGCUGAGAUAUAAUGCCAUCAAGCGCAACACUAUCCUGCCGUCAAAAUUAAGGGAAAAAGCCGCAGAGGACAUAAGGACACUCCCUCUGGAUAGCUCUAUAACUCGUGUACACAAGCGCUGUAUUAUAUCAUCACGACCUAGGGGAAACCUGAACAGAUUCCGAAUGAGUAGAAUUGUAUGGAGGAAGUUAGCAGACUAUAACAAAUUGUCUGGCGUGACUCGAUCUUCAUGGUGAAGGCUUGUGUGGCUUGUUUCUAUGACGGUGAAUUUAAACCUCAAGAUCGGUUGAUUCCACGGAAUAAUCUUCAUAUCAACAUAUUGUGGUCCAACACAAUAUAGAGUGUAUCGUAAAGAGACUUUAUUGAGAGGAUUUCCAUACAGGCAUGACUCUAUUUGUUCACACAAGAUAAUUUAUGUGUAGAUAUUUUUGUGAAAAGGGACAAACAAGAAUAUAUUAGUGAAAUAUUCUACAUUUGAGGCUGAUUUUUUUUCAUACUGUUUGAAUGUAUACAAGAAUUGAAUGUUUAUAAUAUAGUUUCAUUGUCACCUAGUUUGAUAGGGGAAUGAAAGUGUAUGCCAUUAUUUUGAUUUACCUUUGCAUUUAAUUGAAUAAAUAGUGCUGAUUCAAA